UCUGUGACGUCAUCAAAACACAGUACGCCUGGGUAGCGUCUGUUAGUUACCCUGUCUGGAAUCUGGAUUACUACAUUUAGGGAUCGUUUGAAUCGCAAGCGCAAUGUUCCGUUUCAUGCGUAGCGUUUGUCGCUUUGACUGACCGCUCGGUAUCGAGUACGACGACUUUGUUUAUUUCCUCGAUAGGCAAUAUCGAAAUAAGUAUGGUUGAGCAGUCGGAUCGCGCUCCGCUGCUGGACUGGGAGGAGGUUCCCCCGGCCGAACUUGCCCCAACGGUUCCAUCACCGGAGACUGAGGAUUCAAUACAGUCCGGUCUGUCUAGUUACCCGACCGAGGGCGGUGUACGGGCAGAUAUCUCCCUAAACACAAGCCCGGCGAGACCGAAAAGUGUAACAGCUGUUUCAGGUGAAAGUGCACAUUCUCCCCAUAAACACAGCGGCCCGGGAGAAGAUGCUUCCGCCACUGAUGAAGAGGGAGACUGCGCCUUUCACGGACUGUCAGUCAGGGAUCGGAGGAUCACUGGAUGGGAAGAAAAAGACCAAAUUGUUGCAGUGUUUGUUGUGACUUUCGACACAAGAUCUGGGAACAUGAUAGAAUGGUGCCUACCUCAAGAUGUGAAUCUGGAGGGAGUAGAGUUCAAGUCUAUGGCAAGCGGCUCUCAUCGGAUCUCAAGUGACUUCAUAUAUUUUCGUAAAGGCUGUUACUUCGGACUAGCGUGCUUUGCCAACAUGCCUGUGGAGAGUGAGCUGGAACGAGGAGCUCGGAUGAAAUCUGUAGGGAUUUUGUCUCCUUCUUACACACUGCUAUACCGUUACAUGCACUUCCUGGAAAACCAAGUCCAGCACCAGUUGCAGUGUCCAGGACAGUACUCUCCACUGGAAGCUUUCUACGAGGAUAAAAAGGCAGUGUUGCCCUCGGGAGGGAACGGUUUGGUCACAGCCUGCCCGACCAGUGCUCUUGGGCCCAUAGUCAACCGCUGCAUGCAUCCAGAGAUGAAGAUCACACACCCGGCUGGCUGCAUGUCCCAGUUCAUCCGCUUCUUUGGAGAGCAGAUCAUGGUGCUGUGGAAGUUUGCUUUGCUCAGGAAACGCAUCCUCAUUUUCUCUCCUCCCCCUGUCGGUGUGGUCUGCUAUCGGGUAUACUGUUGCUGCUGCCUUGCUAAUGUGUCCAUUCCUGGGAUGGGCGUGUCUGUUCCGGAGUUCCGCCCCUUCUUCUACAUCAAUGUUGCUGACAUUGCCACUCUUGAGACUGAACUGUCUUACGUGGCCUGUACAACAGAGAAGAUAUUUGAGGAAAAGAAGGAGCUGUAUGAUGUAUACAUUGACAAUCAGAAUGUAAAGACACACAGAGAGAGCCUCCAGCCUCUGCUUAGACUCAACAGUGCCGAUCGAGAGAAGUAUCGCAAGCUCUGUGAGCAAAGGCAGUUGCUGCUAUACUCUCAGGAGGUGGAUGGAGACUGCACAUCUAAUGAGGAAGACCUCUUCAUUUUGUUCUUCAUGGAGCAAAACAACAGAAUCUUCCAGACCCUGUCUGAGUUGGCGGGGAGUGCCGAUCCUACCCUGACUGCUGAACAUGUGAGAGCCAUGGGGCUGGAUCCUCAGGGUGACCGUGGUUUUCUCGUCGACCUGCUGGAAAUCUAUGGCAUUGACGUCAUGCUAUUUAUCGACAACCCCUGCUGCCCGUAA